AUGCUAAUACCCUUCUCCAGCCGCUUUCAGCACCAGGCGAAGGUGACUAGCAAGCAUGAAUCUUCAAGAAAUUGGCCCGAGGGGCUGAGCUCUGAGCAGUCUCCUGCAGGCCACGAUUCUGCCCGGUCACCAAGACAGGAGACAAGUCGGCCGAGAGCGUUGAGUUUUGGUGAUGAGAAUUUUUACGCCGACGUGACAAGUGCGCUACUUUUGAAUACGUUCGAUGACUACACAGGCUUCUUCUCAGAGACGGCUGAAGAGGCUUCCUGGACCCUGCAAACAGACGAGCGCGAGGGGUCGUCAAAUGAUACGGAGCACCUUUCACUAUCUUCCGUCACAUCUUCUUUCAUUAAUCCAGUUGACCUCCUCCUCAUGGAGCCUCUGCUCGAUGAUGUUCCCUCAUGGAAGAAAGCUUUGCUUAUGCACUAUUCAGAACACAUCGCUAGCGAAAUGCUGGCGAUCGAUGGAAGGCACAACGGCUGGAGGUACAUCGUUCUUCCAAUGGCUCACACCGACGAGCUGGUUAUGGAGGCUGUUCUCGCCGUAUCGGCUUUCCACCGAGAUGCCAAGAAAAGCACAGAUUGGGCGGAACACUUUCAAAGCGGCGGCUUCAAUUUGCAGCAUUCAUCCCAGCACCAGUCACGCUGGCUGGACUCGAUUGCCAGCAGCCCACAGACCCUUUACAAUACAGCCAUCAAAGGACUACGGAGGCGUAGCAAUCUGGCAGGGAGCAGUUAUGAAGCGAAACAAGCCAUUCUAGUGGCGGUCCUUGUGCUGCUUGUUGCAGCCAUGGUGACAGGGAGAGACGACUACUCCAUGAUUCUUGGGAUGUUACAUUCUGCAACAGACGUCUUCAAAGGCGAAGAUGAGUUAUGGGCCAGCGACCUAGGCCGCUUCUUGGCUCGUCAGGUACAGAAAAUGCGAGUCUACGCCGCCCCCCACAUCAGUGAAGUGGCAGGCUUGGAAACUCUCACCUCUCAAUCACAAUGGGACCAGUACUUUGACUGUGUUCGGUACUGUUCUCAAAGCCAGUCCCAAGGUACCGUUCGGGUUGCCGCCAUCGUGGACGUGAUGCAGCAAGCGCACGACAUAUACCUCCAAGGACUGGACUCAGCUAGUUGGGCCCUCGAUGAUGAGAAAGGGCGCGCGGCAGAUACCGAUCCUGAAGAUCGUAUAGAGCGAUUCAAGAUAACACUGGAACGAUUGCCAGCGGAUGGACCGGGUGCCCACGUUCUAGUCUGGGCGAUAUUUUUGGUUGCUGCUGCUAGCUCGGAUAAAGCAUUUACCGCAAAUAUGGGUCAAAACAGAUAA